CAGCCUACAACUCAAGUGUGCACUAGAAACAGACCAUGGUAAGAGGGAAGUCUGGCUAGUGACUAUGGGAAGCUAAACCUUGCACGCGCACGCGCACACAACCCCACACACACACACACACACACACACACACACACACACACACACACACGUUAAGGACCUUAGAAUGAGAAAACUGGAGUUCUUCUGAUCAGUGACAGCUGCAGGUGGAGUGUGUGUUCUUGUUUUUGUUUUCCUUUCUCAUCACAAUGUGUGAGGGAUGGAUGUGGGUCGGAUACCAGUUUAUUUUUCUAACGGAUGCAAGGACUGGCAAGUUAUCAGCAUGAAUUACCGAGGGCAGAAAAACUGAUAUCAAUGUUAAAUUCAACUCUGGAGAGAGGACCAUGGCGAAAAAGAAGGGACUGUUCUUUGCACUGCUGCACUUUAUAGCAGAGUUUUGGCUGACUUCGCAGCAGGUCCUGAGAAUUGGCGGCAUCUUUGAGACGCUUGAGAAUGAGCCCAUUAGUGUUGAAGAACUGGCCUUUAAAUUCGCUGUAACCAACAUAAACAGGAACCGGACCUUAAUGCCAAACACCACAUUGACCUAUGACAUCCAGAGAAUAAACCUAUUUGACAGUUUUGAGGCCUCGAGAAAGGCCUGCGACCAGUUGGCUCUGGGCGUUGGGGCCGUUUUUGGCCCCUCUCACAGCUCAUCUGUCAGUGCGGUCCAGUAUUGUAAUGCCCUGGAAGUCCCUCACAUCCAGACCCGCUGGAAACACCCCUCAGUGGACAACAAAGACAGCUUCUUCAUUAAUCUCUAUCCGGAAUACACGGCCAUAAGCCGAGCUGUGCUGGACAUAGUGCAGUACUACAAGUGGAAGACGGUCACUGUUGUCUACGAGGAUGCAACUGGACUCAUUCGUUUGCAAGAGUUGAUCAAAGCUCCGUCCAGAUACAGCAUUAAAAUCAAGAUCCGCCAGCUGCCAACCGGAAGUAAAGAUGCCCGUCCUCUGUUGAAAGAGAUGAAGAAAGGGAAGGAGUUCUACGUCAUCUUUGACUGCUCUUACCAAACAUCAGCUGAUGUUCUCAAGCAGAUCUUGUCCAUGGGGAUGAUGACUGAGUAUUACCACUUCUUCUUCACCACACUGGACCUGUUCUCCCUCGACCUGGAGCCGUACCGCUACAGCGGGGUCAACAUGACGGGGUUCAGACUGCUCAACAUAGACAGCCCUCCGGUGGCCUCGGUGGUGGAGAGGUGGGCCAUGGAGCGACUGCAGGCCCCCUCCAAAGCUGAGACUGGAAUGAUGGAGGGGAUGAUGACAGCACAAUGGAACGGCUUGACGGGACAAAUAGUAAUAAACAAGACAGACGGCCUGCGGAAAGAAUUUGAUUUGGAUGUCAUCAGCCUGAAGGAAGAUGGCUUGGAGAAGACAAUCACGGGCAACAACCGCCUGAAUAAAGUGUGGAAAAAGAUUGGUGUGUGGAACUCCCAAACAGGCCUCAAUUUAACCGAAAGCAACAAGGACUCGUCCACUAAUGUGACCGACUCAAUGGCCAACCGCACCCUCAUUGUCACAACUAUUCUGGAAAAUCCUUAUGUCAUGUAUAAGAAAUCUGAUAAGCCCCUGUAUGGAAAUGAUCGCUUUGAGGGCUACUGCCUGGACCUGCUCAAAGAGCUCUCCAACAUUUUGGGAUUCUCCUAUGAGGUAAAGCUGGUUUCUGACGGCAAAUAUGGAGCUCAGAAUGACAAGGGCGAGUGGAACGGCAUGGUGCGAGAACUCAUUGACCAUGUGGCUGACCUCGCAGUGGCCCCUCUUACUAUCACAUAUGUGAGGGAAAAGGUGAUAGAUUUCUCCAAGCCCUUCAUGACACUGGGGAUCAGCAUCCUCUACCACAAACCCAACGGGACCAAUCCAGGGGUGUUCUCCUUCCUCAACCCCCUGUCUCCUGAUAUCUGGAUGUAUGUGCUACUGGCAUGCCUCGGUGUCAGCUGUGUGCUCUUUGUUAUUGCCAGGUUCACUCCCUAUGAGUGGUACAACCCUCACCCCUGCAACCCAGACUCAGAUGUGGUUGAAAACAACUUCACUCUAAUAAAUAGUGUGUGGUUUGGAGUUGGAGCACUUAUGCAGCAAGGAUCCGAACUGAUGCCUAGCCUGUCUACGAGGAUAGUCGGUGGAAUAUGGUGGUUCUUUACACUGAUCAUAAUCUCCUCAUACACUGCUAACUUGGCUGCCUUCCUCACUGUGGAGAGAAUGGACUCGCCAAUCGACUCUGCAGAUGACUUGGCCAAACAAACCAAAAUAGAGUACGGUGCUGUAAGAGACGGCUCCACCAUGACCUUUUUUAAGAAAUCUAAGAUCUCCACUUAUGAGAAAAUGUGGGCAUUCAUGAGCAGCAGGAAAAACACAGCUUUGGUGAAAAACAACCGGGAGGGGAUUCAGAGGGUUCUCACCACAGACUACGCUCUCCUGAUGGAAUCGACCAGCAUCGAGUACAUCAGCCAGCGUAACUGCAACCUCACACAGAUUGGAGGCUUGAUAGAUUCAAAGGGCUAUGGAGUGGGAACCCCAAUUGGCUCCCCUUACAGAGACAAGAUCACCAUCGCCAUCUUGCAGCUUCAGGAGGAAGGGAAGCUGCACAUGAUGAAGGAGAAAUGGUGGAGAGGGAAUGGCUGCCCAGAGGAGGACAGCAAAGAGGCCAGUGCUCUGGGUGUGGAGAACAUAGGGGGAAUCUUUAUUGUGCUGGCAGCUGGACUAGUCCUCUCAGUUUUUGUAGCAAUUGGAGAGUUUAUCUACAAAUCCAGAAAGAACUUGGACAUUGAGGAGGUGAGUGUUGGUCAGUGCGAAUGGCACAACAAGUACUAACACACUAGGGGACUUUAUCAAAGACAUUUGUGUUGUCAUUGUGGUCUUCAGAGGACUACAGUAAUCACUGGGCCAACAAAAAUGUGAAGUCUGAAUGUGUUGAACUGCAUUGUUACAAUCAAAACAGAAAUACUUUUUAAUGCAGAUUUUAGUGUUUUCAGUAGUUUUGAUGUAGAGCACAUGGAUGUUUUAGUCUUCAUUGGAAGAAUACAUUUGAAACCCUUUUUAUGAUGACAGAUGGUUCUUUACUUCUGACAUCAUGUCACAUGACCAUCUUGGCCUUGCUGUUUUUUGCAAAAAACUAACAUUGUUUUGCGUGAAAAAAGAAUUGUCAUGCCAUGUGGGUAAGUAAUGCUGUGAUGAUACGUGUUAUCUUUUGAGUCAUGUUUGCCAUGUUCCUUUCAACAACUGCAGGGGUUUUGAGGUAUUUGUUAAAAUGUGUGCAAUUUCAUUUAUGAACAGAAAUUUUGGACAUAACAGCAUUUAAUUGUAUGUAUAUGAAUUUUAAAAAAAAAUUUUGAUUUAUUUAAUGAUUGUUUCCCACUUUUUUAUGAAUGAGUGCCCCCAACAAAGUU